UGUGUUCUGUGGAUAUAUAUUGGACUCACCUAAAAAAAGCUUGAUGAAUUUAUGGUCUCAUACCAAUUAUUCAAACCCUUUAUCACCUAUCACUAGAGUUCUUAAGCUAGUGUAUUUUCAUCUGUGUAUAUAUAAACAUCCAGAACCCCACAUUUAUUCCUACUACUUCAAACUACCAAUAGAUCAUCUUCUUCAUUCUCAUAAUUCAUCUUUUUUCUUUCUUUGUUGCUAAUUUUCUUCUCCUUCACCAAAGCCAUGAACAAGUUUCAGAAAUCUCAAGUUCUAGUACUUCUUGUUCUAGUUCUUCUUCUUGUGAUCACACCCUUUUUACCUUCCUCUCUAAGGCCUACAUAUUUGUACUUCAUCUUGAACUUCAUCAUCAUUUCACUGGGUGCUGAAGCUGGUCUCCUUUCAGUUUUUUCCAGGUCUUCAGAACACAUGAGUGAAUCUGAAGCCUCUUCUGAGAAAAAAGAAGCUUCAUGCACCAAUGGUGUAAAUGGAAACUCAGAUCAUGUUGAAAACUCUGCACCACCCCAGAGCCAGAGGGUUGUUUGUGUCACCAAAAUGGACAAGAUGCAAAAGUGUCCUUCAAGGCCUAGCCUUUUCUUCAUAGGAAGUGGAGAAGGUGAUGCAGAAACCAUGGGUGAAGAAGUUGAGACAGAAGAGGAGAUUGGAGGAGUUAAUGGACAAGAGCUGUUUGCAAAAGCUGAAGCCUUCAUUGGGAACUUCUACAAACAGUUGAAGAUGCAGAGAGAAGAGUCUUGGAUUCAUCAGAAACCCUUUGAAUUAGGACACAUUACUAGCUAGCUUUUGUUAUAGAAUAAUAUGGUUUCUCUAGUGUUAAAUUAGAAGCAAUGGUUCAUUUUUCAGAUGAUGUAUAGAGAAACCAGAUCAUUCUGCUCUGAUAGUUUUAGUUCCAAUGGGUUUGUACAGAAUAUUAACUUUUGGAUUCAGAGGUCAGUUCUGUUUCCUAAUUAGUAAUUUAUCAUCAGAUAAUUAAAGUUCCAAUUCA